UUUCCAUCUUCACGGUGCCUGACGCCUUCUCGCGUGUAAACAGUUCCUUUGCCGUGAAAAAGGUGAAAAAUCGCAUCAAAAAGAUCCAAAACUACGCUCCUUUACCUUCUCGCGCCCACCGAAGUCUCGUUGCACCAGUAUCAAACGAAGCAGGGAAGAAUAGUUCGCUGAAUCAUUCGUUUUUAGUGUGCAUCUGAAGCGAGCCCACACACGCACAUGAGCGUCCCCACCGCAGCCGGCAGGAUGGACAUGAAAUCGUUCCUCCUAAGCUGGUGCCAGAAGAAUGGCUGCGAGCCGGCUUUUGAUGUGCGUCCGCUUGGGCCGAAGCACCGGCAACGCUUCCUGUGCGAGGUGCGCAUCCCGGGCAUCAACUACAUCGGCGUCGGCAACUCCACCAACAAGAAGGACUCGGAGAAGAAUGCGUCGCGCGAUUUCGUCAACUAUCUCGUGCGCAUUGGCAAGGUACCGGAAGGGUCCGUGCCGCAGGACCCAUCGGCACCGGCCGGUGGUACCGAUCGGAGCGAUGCGGCCGGACCGUCAAUGGCGCGAGCACCGGCCGGCCAGGGUAACAUCUUCAUGAAAGGGUUCGUGCCGCAGGACCUCGGCCAGGCGUACCGGCCGUAUGUGCCCUCGAAGGAGGACAUCAAGCGCGAGCAGGACAACAUGGAGGCGGCCGAAUCGCUCGACGUGAACGCGUCCAUCCACGGCAACUGGACGAUCGAGAACGCCAAGUCGAAGCUGAACCAGUGGUUGCAGCAUCACAAAAUUAAGGCCGAAUUUAAGUACACCUCGAUCGGGCCGGACCACGCCAAGAGCUUCAUAGCCGAGAUGAUCGUUUAUGUGCGAGAGCUGAACCGUACGAUAACGGGCCGUGAGUCCGGUUCGAACAAACAGUCGGCGAGCAAAUCGUGCGCCCUGUCCCUCAUACGGCAGCUCUACCAUUUGGGUGUGAUUGAAGCGUUUACCGGAUCGCUCAAGAGCGCUACUGCGUCGGAGCAGUUGGCCGCCUAUCCGGUGAAAAUUUCCAACCAGCUUGCCCAGCGCGUCCACGAAACGCUCCUGGAGAUGGGCGUACAACCGGUCAAGGUGAACCCGGCGGCGGACAAUCCGAAAGAAACCGUCAGCCUGCUGCACCCCUCGGACGAUGUGCACUUCAAGCCGCAGUCGACGAACCUGCACCAACCGGCGUCGGUAAUCUCGUGGUCACCGCCGGUACCGAACUGGAACGCCUGGCUGGGGUGCAACAUCGACGAGGGCUACCUGGCGACGGCCUCGCUCGAUCAGCUGAGCGAAGAUUUGCUGAACGAGAGCAGCAGCCGGCUGAAGGACGACAUGGAGCUGCAGAAGAGCAUGCGGACGCGCGAAAAGCUGCCCAUUUCGGCGAUGCGCAAACCGAUCAUGGAAGCGAUCAACGAGCACCCGGUGGUGCUGAUCCGGGGCAACACGGGCUGUGGCAAGACGACGCAAAUCGCGCAGUUCAUCCUGGAGGAUUACAUCAACUCGGGCCAGGGCGCGUACUGUAAUGUGUGCGUGACGCAGCCGCGCCGCAUCAGUGCGAUCAGCGUGUCGGAGCGCAUUGCGAACGAGCGGUGCGAGAAUUUGGGCGUAACGGUGGGGUACUCGGUGCGGUUCGAUUCCGUGCUGCCGCGCCCGUACGGUUCGAUACUGUUCUGCACGAUCGGGGUGCUGCUGCGCAAGCUGGAGGGCGGGCUGCGCGGGGUUUCGCACGUGAUUGUGGAUGAAAUUCACGAGCGCGAUGUGAACAGCGACUUUAUACUGGUCGUGCUGCGCGAUAUGGUGCACACGUAUCCGGAUCUGCGCGUGAUACUGAUGUCGGCCACGAUCGAUACGUCGCUGUUUUCGCGCUACUUUGGUGACUGUCCGGUGCUGGAGGUGCCGGGUCGGGCGUUCCCCGUUGAGCAGCUGUUCCUGGAGGACUGUAUUGAGCUGCUGAAGUUUCGCCCGUCACCGCCGGAAGGUGGUGCGGGCCGGCGCAAACGGGGCAAGGAUGGGGAGGACGAUGGCGGGGAUGGUGGCGGAGAGUGCGAUGCUGAUAUGCCGGAGUGUGGAAAUCUGAACGAGGUGAUCGAUGAGUCGAAGUACUCGCCGCAAACGAAGCAAGCGAUGGCCAUGAUGAUAGAGGCGGACACACCGUUCGAGCUGAUAACCGCGCUGGUCGACUACGUCGAUCAGCAGGGCCGGCCCGGGGCCGUGCUCGUGUUUCUGGCCGGGUGGAACAUGAUCUUUGCCCUGAUGCGCCAGCUGCAGCCGCGGCAGAAUUUGGUCGUGCUGCCGCUGCAUUCGCAGCUGCCGAGGGAGGACCAGCGCAAGGUGUUCAACCACUACGGGCAGCGGCGCAAGGUGAUACUGGCGACCAACAUCGCGGAAACGUCGAUCACGAUCGACGACGUGGUGUACGUGAUCGAUACGUGCAAGGCGCGCAUGAAGCUGUUCACUUCGCACAACAACAUGACAAAUUAUGCGACCGUGUGGGCCGCCCGGACGAAUCUCGAACAGCGUAAGGGACGUGCUGGUCGCGUCAGUCCCGGUAUGUGUUUUACGCUCUGUUCGCGCGCUCGCUUCGCCAAGCUGGAGGAAAAUCUUACUCCGGAAAUGUUCCGCACGCCGCUGCACGAGCUUGCCCUCAGUAUCAAGCUGCUUCGGCUCGGUGCGAUCGGGAAGUUCCUGUCGAAAGCGAUCGAACCACCACCGCUCGAUGCGGUAAUUGAGGCGGAAGUGUUGCUGAAGGAAAUGCGCUGCCUGGACGAGGAGGAGCAGCUGACGCCGUUCGGACGGAUUCUGGCCCGGCUGCCGAUAGAGCCGCGGCUCGGCAAGAUGAUGGUGCUGAGCACGCUGUUCGGGCUGUGCGAUACGCUCACGACGAUGGCCGCCUACUCGGGCACCUUUUCCGAAGUGUUUUUGCUCGAGCUGGGCCAGCGGCGGCUGAUGAACCACCAGAAGGCACUCAGUGGCCAAACGUGCUCGGAUUAUGUGGCGAUGCUUACGGCGUUUGAGAUGUGGAGCAAAAAGCGUGCGAUCGGCGAGGAGGCGGAAAUGCGCUUCUGCGACUGGAAGGGGCUCCAGAUGCCGACGCUGCGCUCGAUCGCCGAAGCAAAGAAGCAGCUGAUCGAGAACCUCUGCCUAGCCGGCUUCCCGCAGGACACGAUGAUGCCGCUGCGCUUCGACAGCGAAAACCCCGACCCGGACCUGGAGAUGGCGAUGGCGCUGCUGUGCAUCGGCCUCUACCCGAACGUCUGCUACCACAAGGAGAAGCGGCGCGUCCUCACGACCGAAUCGCGCGCCGCCCUGAUGCACAAAACGUCCGUCAACUGUAGCAACGCGCCGACCACCUUCCCAUACCCGUUCUUCGUGUUCGGCGAGAAGAUCCGCACCCGGGCCGUGUCGUGCAAGCAGAUGUCGAUGGUGACGCCCAUCCAUCUGCUGCUGUUCGGCUGCAAGAAGGUGGAAUGGUGCCACGGUUCGGUGCGGAUCGACAACUGGCUCAACCUGAACAUGGAUCCGUGCGAUGCGGCCAUGAUACUGGCGCUGCGGCCCUGUCUGCAGGAACUGUUGGUGCGGAUAUCGGAAAACCCGGAAAGCACUACCUCGCUUGAUGGGAAGCACGUGAAGCUGCUGCAGGUGAUCAAGGAGCUGUGCGCGUUCAGUGCGGGCGACCACGAGAUCGAACGGCCGAAGGGGAGCACGUUCGGGCAGGGCGUGCGCUCCCACCAGCCGAAGGUGCCGCGGAUGGACGAGGAUGACGGUGGGCGGGGUAACUAUGGGCGAAUGGGGGGUGGUGGUGGUGGUGGUAACAGUGGUAUGUACCAAUACGGAGGGAAUGGUGGCAACUUCCGCGGUGACGGCAAUCGUUACGGAUCGGGAUAUGGAAACGGUGGCGGUGGUGGUGGUGGCGGUGGCUACGAUGGUGGUAGCCGGUCCAACUUCCGGUACUUCAAUUCGGGAGCAAAUCCCGGCAACUCCGGAGAUGGAUAUAUGCGGAGCGUUGGUGACAAUGGUGGCCAGUAUGGUGGUGGCGGUGGAAACUACCAAGGAUCGGGAUACGGUGGCAACAGUGGCUACCGUGGAGGGUAUCAGGGUGGCAACCGGGGUGGCUAUGGCGGUGGGGGCUAUGGCGGAGGCAACAACAAUUACGGCCGCGGACAAGGUGGAUGGUAAAAGUUGGUAAAGCAAAAUGAUUGAGUUGGGAAGACUUAAGUAAGGAAUUAAUUUAAUCUGAAUUUCACAGCAUAUUAGCAAUAAACAUACAUAGAGAAGCGCUAUGUAGCUCUGAACCGGUGCUGCAAAAUGUCAUCAACAUCACGAGAUCACGAGAUUCACCAACAAAAACAAUGAACUUAUCCAAGGUAGCUUGAUGUUCAUUGCUGAUACUCAUUGAAGGUGCAUCAUGACAUGCCGAACACGACGUGCGAGUGCUUCAGUCAACCAGCGAUUCUGUGACUCACUAGCUAAGCUUAAUGCCGUCACAAGCAUAAUCAUUAAUUUUUCUGGCUGUGAACAAUGCUGCCAAAUGCCACUGUUUCAGUCACCAACACUCACGACGAACAAAGCUCAAAUCAGUUCACGUACACAACUGAAAUGAUCAGAGGUAUGACUCAAUUGGUUGGUGGUCCAAUCAUUUGCUUGAUGACAUUUUGUUUAUUAUCCAACACUUGAUCACUCACUUGGUCAUGACAUUUUCUGUCAGUGAUAUUCACGACAUUCUUGGAUAUAUACGGUGUGUGGUCCCAAGUAGCAAAUUGAUCAUGCAUUCUCGUUCUCUAUCUCCCAUGAGUUUCGGGAUUGUCACCGACUGAAAUAACAAUAACAAAACAUGUGAUCGUCCCAACAACUGUUUGUGUCUCACAUCUGAUCAUCACAGUAGAGCUCGUGACGAUGAAAUUAUUUUGUUUCAGCUGGAAUUUGUCAAUCCUUGCAACCGGGGGACGGUCCAUUUCAGGCUUGAACCCAUGACCCAUGGGGGCAUUGGUCACAUGCAAUUGUUUUGAGUAUCACCUCUAUUUAUCACAAUAAAGUGCGUGACGCUGACAUAUACUGUCAAUGUCAUAAAAAAAUCUGACUGAAACACAAUAUGACAUUUUGCAGCACUGCUCUGAACUCCAUUUUAGAAACCAUAAUCAUAAGCUCAUGUAAAGCUUUUCCGCUGUAAAACGUAAUCGAAUAAACACGUAACAACACAACACAA